UCUGUGAUUAUAAUAUACCUAAUUUUCCGGAAAACAAACUAAAAAACAAACAAAUCAAAUCCUAAAUCUACGUUUUUCACUCUGAAAUGGCUUCUAUCAAACCGUUAAAAUUAGAAGUUUACAAUUCUAUUGUCAGCGACUUUAACAAAAUGAAUUCGUUUAGCAGGAAAAGUGAAAAUGAGCUGAAAAAGAAAUAUAAACACUUACCACCAUGUACUUUAGGGAGCAUCAUAUCAUUGUUGGUUCAGAGGUCUAUGAAACAGAACUACAGAAAGUCACCUAUUAUAUCAAGUAAAUAUCAUGAUCUCUAUGAGGAAUUGAUGAAAGAAACCGAUGGUGGCAUUGUUAUUUUGCAGUUGGCGGAACGCCAGGGAAUAAGUCCUGCACUCUUUGCAAGAUCAUUAUUACAAAAUGUUUAUUCUGAUUCUCUUAUGACUAAGAAAUCCAUGAAAGACACAACACUAAUAGAAGAUAAGGACUUAGCAUAUCAAGUAUUUCUGGGUGUUAUGAAUGAUAAUCAAUAUGGACCUCACGCAGACAUAAUAAAGCAGUCUGUUGGCUUAGAAUAUGAACUCAGAUUAGAAAGAGAAUUGAGAUUAAUGAAUAUUACAUUUUCUGAUGAAAACAUAUUACGAUCAAGAGGAUAUGAUAAAACUCCUGACUUUAAACUUGAUGUUCCUGUUGCAGUGGAUGGAUUCAUAAUAAACUGGGUGGAAAGUAAAGCCCUGUUUGGUGAUGAAGAAAAUCAUUCUGGUUACCUAAAAGAACAAUUAAUGUGUUACUGGAACAGGUUUGGGCCUGGUCUAGUCAUAUAUUGGUUUGGUUAUUUAGAAACACUAAAUUCAAUGCCAGAGGUCAAUAAUAUGUUCAUACUCCGUACUAGUUUUCCAGAGAAGUCUAGCAUUACCCAGUAUAAAUAUGAAUUGUAAAAAUAACAAUAGAAUAAAAACUAUAGCUAAAGAUAAUUA